AUGCACAAGAAGAAGAAAUAUGGAGAAUUAACCUUCUAUUUGGAAGCCUGUGAAGCUGGCUCUAUGUUUGAUGAGCAUAUGCUGGAAAGUCUGAAAAUUUAUGCAAUGACCGCAUCUAAUGCGAACGAGUCAAGUUGGAGUUGUUAUUGCGCAACAGAAAUUCUCCCAGGCGCUUGUUUGGGUGAUUUUUUCUCAGAAAAUUUACUGAAAGAAACAUUAGCAGAACAAUUCGAGAUAGUGAGGAAUAAAACAGAUAGAAGUCAUGUUCAAAGCAUUGGAAGUUUGAAUAUUACAUAUGAACAUGUGUCUGAGUUUAUGGGAUCGAAAGAACCCAAUGAAAUGGGAGAAAAUAUGAUGAGUAAAUCCAACCCUAAAGACUACCCAAUGUAUCCGCAGACGGAUAUCCCCCUAUUUUUGCUGGCUCAAAAAUUGAAAAGUAAUGGCGACGAUAUUCUUGCUUCAAAUGCUUUACAAACCUUAAAAAAGAAACGUCGUUAUUUGGAAAAACAAAUAACCCAACUUGUAAAUAAAUUGGUUAGAAAACCUGCAGAUCAAUUACAGAUAAUGAAUAUAUAUCCACAAAGUAUUACUGAUAAAGAGUGUCAUCAUCGUGUAGUGCAUGCUUUUAAUAAAUUUUGUUUUAAUUUUUCUGAGGUAAUUUUCGAGGGGAAAUUUCCAAAUAAAUUAAAUUUUACAGAAAAUAUGCUUAUGUUUUGGCAAAUUUGUGUGAAAGGGGAAUUAAGGUAUGUCACAUUGAAGCCGUUAUGAAAGAACACUGUACUGAGGCUGGGACUAAGACUAUUAGAGGAAUUGUUUAAAGAAAUAAAUGAUUUUAAAUUUAAAAUUAAAGUUACGAUUAUGGGACAAUUAUGGGAAUUAUGGGAUUUCAAUAAAAA